AUGCACAAUGGUAACGUGGUCACCAGCAAGGAAGAUCUUUCUCAGAGUAGACGUAGGAACUUCGACGAUCGAGUUAUUAAGUUCAGAAUCCUCGUUUCCUUCCAGUUGAAUACGAGCAAUCUUGGCUUCUGGAGCUCCAACAACCUUACCUUUCAUCUUGGCCUGUUCACCACUGACAAUCUCCACUCUAUCAUCUGGUUGGAAAACAAUAGCGUUGUCGCUAGCAUCCUUCAACGAAGAGGCGAUCGACUGGAGAUCGAUUCCGUCGGAGUUGCUUCCGGAAUUGAACAACGUGAGCUCGUGCAACGUAGGCUUGAUAUUCUUGCUCUCAAUUUGUUGGAUCUUGAUAUCUUUGUACAGGAAUCCGUCAAUGAACUCCUCGUUUCUGUAAACGUAUUGAACCUCGUUGGAUCUUCCUGGACGCAAAAGGUCGGGAUAUUCUUCAAUUGGGACAAGAAUCUUGUUGUUGGCAUAGAUUCCGGGAAUACCCUGGAUAAUCUGGUUAACAGCGUCCAGCUUGCGCGCCUCGAUGUAAACAUAUCCAGUAAAAUUAUCUCUCUGGAAAGCACUGAACACCUCGCCAAACUUCUUGUUCAACAUACGGGCGUAGAUCUGUUUGACAAGUUCCUUUUCCAGUCCGUUUCGCACACGAACACCCCAAAUCAAUGGGUCGUCAACAGAAGGCAGAAGCAGUCGUUGAGAAACGUUGGUAUUGGAUCCCAUAAUUCGUUACGAAGGAUUUCUGCGUCCUCGUCGUCUUCAUCCUCCUCAUCGUCGUCAUCAACUUCGGCCUCAACAUCCAGGAACUGGUUACCGCGCUUCUUUUUGCGUCCACGGAGAGCCUCGUCUUCAUCGUCAUCAUCUUCAUCUUCGUCUUCUUCGUCAUCCUCUCCAUCAAGAUCGAUAUUAUCAAGGUCCUCGUCCUUGACCUCAUCUUCCUCUUCAACGUCCGGCUUGACCUCAGCCGGUGGACUCUGUUUCACGACUUCCCCGGUGUUGGUAGUUUCCUCACUCAUUAUCCAUACUAUUUAUUUAAUUGCCACUACUAUUUUUCAACGCAAAUUUUUUCGCGGGCUCAAAACCUUAUAUACAGUGAACGACAGAAGAGUAGCUUCGUCGGUGGAUGUGGGUGGUGAGCUGGGUUCCUUAGCUGGGAUCAGCUCGACCGCCAUGGAAGUCUGA